AGUACUCGCAAUUUAAAAUGUCCUUCAAAACACAAUCAACAAUAUUUUUAAAACCUCAUAAAAUAAAAUGCAUAUGUGUAUAAUUCAUGCAUUUUUAUGAUUAAAUAAUUAGCAAAAUACGUUUUUAUAAUAUACUAGCUUUAACCCGCGGCUUCACUCGAGAAUAUCUAAAAUAAUGAAGUUGCUUCCGUACGCGUUUGUAGUCACAGAAGAAGUAACAAUGAAGUAGAAUGGCGGGAAGUUUAAAAUGGCCGAAAGUAUAGUCUAUGUAAGUAUAGUGUACAGUCUCCAUAGUGUAGUCAAUUGGAUUUGAUGUUGACGUAGCUGUCGGUAAUACAGUGUGAUAAUACAGUGUGAUGGUACUAUAGUACUUAGGUUUGAGCUUCAUUGCUGGAAUGUUAGAUGGCGUUAAAGUAGUCAAAUUGCCAGAUGAAGAGGUAGUGGGUCUUGCUCGUCGUGUAGAACGUAUCCAAAUCAACGCAUCAACCCUCUCUUCUCUCAACUACCCAGGAAAACUCCAUCCAUUCAAAUGUGACAUCCGGAAAGAAGAAGAUCUCUGCAAUGCAUUCACCUGGACAACAAAUAACAUCGGAGUAGUUCAUAUUUUAGUAAACAACGCAGGUGUAUGUCUUCCUACUAAUUUGAUCAAUGGAGACUCAGAAAUGUGGAAAGCUAUCUUAGAAACAAACAUAUUCGGACUCUGCGUGGCCCAGAGAGAAGCCUGUAAACUCAUGACUACCCACAAUAUAUCAGGACAUAUUGUCAAUAUUAAUAGUAUCGCUGGACAUGGGCAUUACUAUUUUCCAUCGACAAGUAUCUACGGAGCAACCAAACACGCAUUAACGAAUAUUUGUGAGAUGCUCCGGAGUGAAUUGACAGCUAAUAAAUCAAAAAUUAAGGUUACUAGUGUUAGUCCAGGUUUAGUCGAUACACAAUUAGUAACCGAAGAGUUUUCCUUACCUGGCGAAAUGGAACUCAUGGAAGGAGUCCCCUUGAUGGAAUGUAAAGACAUAGCUGAUGCAGUAGUUUAUGCUUUAAGCACAUCUCCAAGUGUUAUGAUCAAUGAAAUAACGCUGAGAGCAGUUGGAUCUCCCGUUUAAUUCCUUCAUAAACACUGCACUCGUAAUAAUAUUUGCGUAUUGUAUUUGGCUAGAGCAAUAAAAACAAACAAUAAAUAUUUAUAUUCA